AAAAUAUAAAUAAAUGUGAUCAUUUGAUUUGAUGAAUUGAAAAUGAAAAAAGGUGAAAACUUCAUUUAAAUAAUUAAAUAAAUAAAAGUUGAAAAUUUUGUUAGUUUAUUCCUUACAGAAAUUGAAGAAAAAAUAUUUUUUACAUUUCUUUAUACAUGAAGAUAAAAGACAAAUAUAGUAUAACUCAUAUGUGAAUAAUUUAACAAACUGUUCCUUUGUAGUCUGUGAUAAUGGUUAGCAAGUUAUGCUCAUGAAAGGCAGUUAGUUCUAUGCAUUGUGUCGAGUCUACUUGUGCAGAGUGGUGGUCAUCAUACUAAGGAAGAUUAUGCUGUGAGAGGCAAAUAACCAAAGGAUGAAGUUCAAAUCUACACUUGGAAAGAUGCCAAUCUUCGUCAAAGAAGUUUCUGUAGCGGCUAGGAGAAGAGACGCGAGAUUAUCUUUUGCGUUUGUUUAUCCUGACAAGAAUGGCCGGUUUAUUGUCAGACAGGUUGGUCAGACGAUGUCUUAUCCAAACCGAAAACAACCAGACGACAGUAAAACACUCGCUGACCUUCAUUUUGAGAUUGGAGAUUAUCUGGAUGUAGCAAUCUACUAGGAGGAGGUUUCUGUUUCUCGUCAAGUGAGAUUUAGGUGUGUCUGUGUUUGUGCACAAGGCAAAGAGCACCUUCAUGGUUGUUCCCAUUUCAAAACUUCAUUCAGACAACAUUUUAUGUCUAAUAUGUGGUGUAAUGAUUUUACUCAGUUUAAACAAGAUUUGACCAAUUUAAAUGAUGUUUUGUCUGAAUGGGUAACCAAAUGUUGGGUUACAUGAUGAAACAUAGACUAUAAAAGUGGAAAUCAAGUGCUUGUCCUUGG